GUACAUAGUACGGGUUUUUCUUUGCGGAACACAUCGCAAUUACAGCGCAACCGGUACUUACGCUAAGCCGAUCCGUAUAGUCUAGUACGGGUUCUGCUUCUUUCACCUGCUUUCAAACUCCAAAAUGAAGCCCUCCCGUAUCCAGACCUGCUCGCAGUUUCGGACUAGCAUACCAACCCAGCCAUUUCUUGUAAUACUCGUCGCUAUGUUAUGUGCCAAUUUACUUCCAGGUCGUAGCGUCGGGAGUCCCCCUCCUGAUCUCUUGUUGGUGAUAUCCGAUGAUCACGGAGAAAGAUGCAGAAGUGACAGCGAAUCGGAAUACAUAAAUGGGAGAUGAAGAUGAUCCAAGUGGCAUACCGAUUCGAGUAAAAAAGUCGCAACUCACGCUAUGAUAUUGUACCAUCCGUGCUUGC